AUGGCACCGAGAGGCUUCACAAAUCCCGCUCCCAAGACCGAGUCGGCGCGGUCUGCGCUCAGCUCCUUCACCUGUACGCUUUGCAAUAAAUCCUACUCGCGUCAUCCGGAGUACGAAGCGCAUAUUUCCUCCUAUGACCACCAACACCGCAAACGCCUGCAAGAUCUUAAACAGCUGUCGCGCGAUCCGAAUGCGGCCGAGAAGGCCCGCCGAGCAGAGCGCAAAGCCGAUGCUGACGCCGGGCUAAGGGUAAUCGACACCCCCAGUGACCAUGCGGCGCCAACAACCGGACGAACUGGCGGAGGGGGUGGGGGGUUCAAGAAAGGAGGAUUCAAGAGCUCCUUUGCGGCCGUCAAGGGACCAGUGGCGCCGAUGGCACCGGUGAAGAAGAAUGUGUUGGGGGACGAGGAUGACGAGGAUGAUCGCACACCACCAAAAGAAGAUCAAUCGCACCCAGUGGCCUCUGCGGAUGUGAGGCGUGAAGAUACCCGCGAGGAUGCUGAGAGUGACACCGACGAGGAGUAUGCCUGGGAUCGGGAUGGAGGAGGCUACUAUGACCCUCGCCGGCCGACAGAUUGCUUCGCCAGGUGUGCAGGGGCCCAGAUCAAGACUUCUACAUGA